CAUCAUUGUCUGCAGUUAGUGCUUUUAGGGGAUUCUGGCGUUGGAAAAAGCUGUAUUGUUAUUCGCUUUAUGCGCGAUCAGUUUGAUCCAGCAUCAAAGGUUACGGUUGGUGCUUCAUUUAUAUCACAAACAAUUCUCUUGCAAGAUUCUACGACGCUUAAGUUUGAAAUAUGGGAUACUUCAGGUCAAGAGAGGUAUGAUGCAUUGACUCCCCUUUAUUACCGGGAGCUGCAGUUGCAGUUAUUGUGGGUAGUUGACCCAACUACCACAUACUCUGGCAAGAGUAUAGGUCCAACUUAUGCCAAUGUCUUAGCUGAGUUGAAUGAACUACAAAAAAAUGGGAGCCCUGGUUUGGUCAUGGCUUUAGUAGGUAAUAAAGCUGACCUUCAGGAGCAGCGAGAAGUACCUAUUCAAGAUGGCAUGGAUUGUGCUGAGAAGAAUGGGAUGUUUUUUAUUGAGACAUCAGCAAAGACAGCUGAUAAUAUAAGCCAACUGUUUGAGGUAUGUUCAUACCAAAUUGACAUUUAA